GGCUGUGACUUCAAGCCUGUGAAGCUUGGGUUGUAUGCCGAUCCACUAGUCAUCGCGUUCAGAUAUCUGGACUUGCAAGUACAGCAUUCGAAGGCUUACCGAUUCAAUGGUCUUUCCAUCAAGAGUCCAGCACGAAGAAUCCAUACCUAUCCUUUCCGUUCAUCUCGUCUCCUCGACAUCAACCUCUGUCGAUCAUGAUGUUGCAGAUAGUAUCAGUACAUCUUUGUCGGGCGCAUAUGAUUUACCCAGCCCUUUUGCACAGGGGGGCGUUAUAAUGUCAGAUGGAUUCACUCCCACGUUUCCGCAUACACCGGUUUCCCCCAACUCAGGCCCAUACUUUUCGACUCCCAGUGUUCACAACUCGCAAUCGGCCAUUUCACGUAUCGAGUUGCCGCGACUUGAUAUGAAGUAUCUUCAGAAUGCGUCUGGUCAACUUCCCAUCACGCCUGAUUCCCCUGUACGCCCCUCCGAUUUUGAGAAGACCACCGCACAUGGUUAUGAUCAGAUGGGGCAUGGAUAUCUAUCUCUGCCUGGUCCGAACGGCACUGUUCUUGUCGAAGGGAACAACAAUCGUAAGCGUGGAUUUGCCAGUGAUCUUUCUGGGAUGCUUCCUACGCCCAUAUCCCCCAAUACGCGAUCUGGAAGUCCGACGACUCCUGUCGACUUGACAAGUUGGAUUACUCGGAGUUACGGCCUUGAUCCCAUAGCUGGGGGUGCUUUUGGCAACGUCUGGAAAUGUACCUACGAUGAUGGUACCAGGUGCAUCCCGGUUGCUGUGAAAGGCUUCAGAUUCCAAAUUAACAGAAAUACCUCGAAGGUUUGUCAGAGCACUGAUCGCCCAUACACACGGCCUGAUAGUUAUGUAUUAUAGAGACUGAGGAGAGAAAUGGGCAUUUGGAGAAGACUCAACCACCCGAAUGUCAUGGAAUUCAUUGGCUAUGCUUUCGGCUUUGGUAUCUCGAUGGCUCUUGUUGCCCCUUGGGCUGUAAAUGGAACUUUGACCGAUUACCUGGAGAAAAAUUGGUCGAUCAUCACUAUUGCUGAUCAACUUAGUUUGU